UUUUUUUCAAAUUUGACCGCCAUGAAAGCUCCAAACAGGUUUUUAACAAUAAAGCAGUAUCAACUCAGCAUCGCUCAUUUUUCCUCUAUUUCCGCUGACUUUACGGACCAAAUACCGAAAACACAAAAACGAAAAAAGAAAAAAGAAAAAUACAAACACAAGAAUUCUUUCACAGUCACUGUUGAUUUCGGUUCUCUAAAGGACGACGAAGAAAGGGAAGGAGAGGGUUUCCAUUUUACUCCAUCAAAAUGCAGUUGGCGAAACUCGAUGAUUCGCCGAUGUUUCGGCAACAGAUACAAUGCUUGGAAGAAUGUGCUGAAUUAUUGAGGGCAAGAUGUUUAAAAUUUUAUAAAGGAUGUCGAAAGUACACGGAAGGGCUUGGAGAAGGAUAUGAUGGAGACAUUGCCUUUGUAAAUGCCCUUGAAACGUUUGGAGGAGGCCAUAAUGAUCCCAUUUGUGUUGCUUUUGGAGGGCCUGUUAUGACCAAAUUCACAAUUGCUUUGAGAGAAAUUGGGACAUACAAAGAAGUUCUUCGGUCACAGGUAGAGCAUAUGCUAAACGAUAGACUGCUACACUUUAUGAAUGUUGAUCUGCAAGAUGUAAAGGAAGCCAGAAAAAGAUUUGAUAAGGCCUCCAUUAUAUAUGAUCAGGCACGAGAAAAGUUUCUGUCUUUGAGAAAGAGCACUAGGAUGGAUGUUGCUGCUGUUAUAGAGGAGGAAUUGCACAGUGCCAGGUCCUCAUUUGAGCAGGCUCGUUUCAAUCUGGUUAGUAAUCUCUCUAAUGUUGAGGCCAAAAAGAGGUUUGAGAUUUUGGAGGCUGUUGGUGGGACAAUGGAUGCUCACUUUCGAUUCUUCAAACAGGGAUAUGAGCUCUUACAACAGAUGGAGCCUUUCAUUAAUCAGGUUUUGUUACCAUCACGCGUUGCACUCAUCGACCGUGAAACUAGACAGCCCAUUAAUGGUUCUCCUAUUAAAGAUGGCUUGAGACCAUUCUCCAGGAAUUCACAGAAAGUGAUUGAGGCUGUAAUGCAAUCUACAGCAAGAGGAAAGGUUGAGACGAUAAGACAAGGAUAUUUAUCCAAGCGUUCCUCAAACUUGAGAGGUGAUUGGAAGAGAAGAUAUUUUGUUCUUGAUAGUCGAGGAAUGCUGUACUAUUAUCGCAAACCAUGGAAUAUGUCUUCUGCAAUUGGGAGUCAAUCUACCAUAUACAGGAGUACUCCCUCUGAAAAUGGUUCUAGUCUGCUGAGUCGGUGGCUUUCUUCACAUUACCAUGGGGGUGUGCAUGAUGAAAAAUCUGUUGCACGCCACACUGUAAACCUACUGACAUCAACAAUUAAAGUUGAUGCAGAUCAGUCAGAUCUGAGGUUCUGCUUCAGGAUUAUAUCACCAACAAAAGUUUACACCUUGCAGGCAGAAAAUGCGGUAGACCAAAUGGACUGGAUUGAGAAGAUAAAUGGAGUAAUUGCUUCAUUAUUAGCUUGUCAGUCACCUCAGAAGCAUCUUUCUAGCCCCAAAGGAAGUGGUGAUAAUUGGUCUGCCAGCGAUACCGGUUCUUUAACUGAUUCUUUUCAUGCUGAUCAGACUGAAAUUAGGGAAUGUACGUCUGAUAAUCUCAUGUCUGGGGUUCACUUAUGUUUAGCCGGAAGUUUACAACAGCAAGAAUAUAGUUCAAAGAGUGAAAAACCAAUUUGUGUCUUGGCAAGAGUACCUGGAAAUAAUAAAUGUGCUGAUUGUGGUGCACCUGAACCAGAUUGGGCAUCUCUAAAUCUGGGUGUUCUUAUAUGCAUUGAAUGUUCUGGUGUUCAUCGUAAUCUGGGGGUGCAUAUAUCAAAGGUGAGAUCAUUGACACUUGAUGUUAAAGUAUGGGAACCAUCAGUUUUAGCUUUGUUUCAGUCUCUGGGCAAUACGUAUGCAAACUCAGUCUGGGAAGGGUUGUUGCAUCCAGAAGGCAAAUUUCCAACUGAAGAUGCACAGUUGGGAGCUUCCAAGUCCAGUCACAAAAAGUUUCUUGUAAGGAAGCCCAGCCAGAAUGAUCAAAUUUCGGUGAAGGAGUUGUUCAUUCAUGCAAAGUAUGCAGAGAAGGUUUUUGUUCCCAAAAUAAAGGACAGCCAGCACCUCCUCUCAGUGGCGCAACAGAUGUGGGAAAGUGUCUGCGCCAAUGAUAAAAAUGCAGUUUACAGCCAUAUUAUCUGCUCUGAAGCAGAUGUUAAUUCUAUCCAUGGGCAAGCAUCUUAUAGUACAAAAUUACCUCUGUCCAAAGUGAUGCAGUUGGAAGUGAACGAAAUCCAUGAACGGAAGUUUGAUUGCUUUGCAGGUGAUUCAUUGGGCAAGUGCCCAAGCUAUUCAAAAUCAUCAGAAAAAACUGAAGAUCAGGUCAUUGAGGAAUGUUCUGAUGGCUGUUCUCUGCUUCACCUAGCCUGCCUAACUGCUGAUAUUGGCAUGGUGGAGCUACUCUUACAGUAUGGCGCAAAUUUGGAUGCUUUAGAUUCAAGAGGUCGGACUCCACUUCAUCAUUGUAUUAUCAGCAGGAGAUAUGCAAUCGCAAAAUUGCUACUUACGAGGGGAGCUGAUCCACAAGUCGCAGACAGAGGAGGUAAUACGCCCCUCCACUAUGCAUCAGAAACAGAUCUUGCUGACAAGGAGAUCGUUGCAUUCUUGGCAGACAUAAGGAGAUGAUAUGCUAGAGGAAAAAUACUGAAAAGAAACGAAGAAUGAGAAGUGUCAGGUACCGAAACCUCUGUCCUACGCUCCAGGAGAUUGUAAUGAACAUAUAUGCAGAUUGAAUUUGGUGUUGAAUGAAUUCCAAUCAAAAGCAAAUUGUGAUCCUUGAUUUUCUGCGAGCUUAUAUACACCCCCCCUUCUGCUUGCGACAAUUUGUUAAAUAGGAUAGGAUCUUUAUGGAGGGUUAGGGAGUCUUUAUGUUUUCCAGCAUAGUUUCUACCUUGUAUAUAUAUAUAUAUAUAUACAUAUGUUUAUUUUGAGCACGGUGAGGUUGAAAAAUCACAGUACCAAGACACCGUGCAGCUGA